AUGCAGCUAUCACCUAGUGCCUGUUAUACUCUUCUCGUCUUAAUCCUGGGAAAACACUCCGCAGAUUGUAAUGUUUGCAGUAACAGCUUUCGAAUCGCUGAUUAUGCCUUGUUGGGUCACGUUUUAAAAACAGUGAGAUCGCAAACGUUUGAAGGGUGCCUAUUUACCUAUGAGCGGGAUCCAAGAUGUUUCAGCGUAAAUUUCUAUGCGGUAAGAGCGUCCUGUGAGAUGAACCUUGGUACACGAGAGGAUUUUGAAACAGACUUUAUGCCAACAAGAGGAUCUUCAUACAUAAGUAUGGUUUUUCGCCAAUUUGAUCCUUGUGUGACUUUUAAGGCGUGUAGGAAUGGAGGCCACUGUGAGCCCUAUCCCGUAACCCGCUGCGUUUGCCUCGAGGGAUUCUCUGGUUCCUUAUGUGAAGGUGUGUACGAAUAGGAUAAAUUAUGUGCAAAUCAUCUUACCUAAGAUAAUUUUUGUUGUUUAGAGACGCAUCAAUUUGGUUUCUCAUCCAAGAAGCCUUCCCAUUUUAAAGAUCCCAUUUCCCCUCUCCAGACUACCUCUCGGCUCGCUUCCCUCGCCGGUGUUUUUUUUUUUUUUUGCCCACUCCAAUUUUUUUCUCCUUUUUCCUCCAAUGCAGAGCCUGGUCCCAGGCUAUGAUUUGUGGGAAGGAACCCUUCUUUCCCAGCAAGUGUUAAGCGUUUUGACUGGUCAGGACCAUUGAUCUCCCGAAAAAACAUUAGGCAUGGAGGUUUUUUAGAGAUGUUUAUUUCAUUGAUAUGUUUUUUUUAUCCCACUUUUCUGAAUGGAAUCAACGGAUUCUUGAGCCCUAUCAUUUUACAGUUUCAAUACCAGUGCCCCUCGGUUUAGAGAGUGGUUCAUUCAAAGACGAAGACAUCUCAGCAUCCUCUUUUAGACCUGGGUAUGAGGCGUAUAACGCAAGGCUUAAUGGUCACUCAUGCUGGAGACCGCUGUCCGAUGAUACACAACACUAUUUGACCAUUGCCACACAAAGCAUAGUAAAUCUGACUGGAAUUGCUACUCAAGGGGCGAGUUAUGAAGCAUGCUGGGUCACGCAAUACUCUUUGCAAUACUAUGAUGGACUAUCGUGGACUCAAUACCUUGUUGAUGGAAAUAAAAUAGUAAGUUACAUAACAAUCUUUGUUUUUCUACGUAAUGAUUGUCGUUUCCAAUAACACUGUAUUCAGUGUGCAUUGCUAUACAGUUUAAAUCAUAAUCAUAUACCGUAAAAUUCCGAAAAUAAGCCCCUCCAUGUAUAAGCCCCUCCAAAUAUAAACCACCCAAACCGGUAACGCAAAAAACCCUCGGUUAAAUCGCCCCUCUAAAUAUAAGCCCCCCGGGGGCUUCUACUUGGAAAAUUGCCCUCAAAUACAAAGUAAAACAAAGCAAAUCAGUAAAUUUACUUCCAACUAUAAAGCUAGCCCAAUCGAUUUUGAAACCGCGCAAAUUUCCCUCCGUAGAUAAGCCCCUCCGAAUAUAAGCCCCUCCAAAAAUAAGCCCCUCAAAAAGGGCCUUUGAAAAAUAUAAGCCCGGGGGCUUAUUUUCGGAUUUUUACGGUAUUUCCAUUCCCCUAGAUGCCAUUAGGAGAUUUUCCGUAAGUCUCUCAGCAAUCUGUGAGCACGUUUUCCUACAUGCACCCUAAAACUAAGAACAAUAUGGAACUUCUUUGGAUCAUUUGUAAUAAAAUGAAUCCAAGAAAUUCAGGACAGUCCUAAAAAAUAAACAUUUGAUAUUUACCGAUUGGACUUAGGAUUGGAUUUCGGGAGUGUCCCAUGGUAUUUUUUGGUCUUUGAUGUAAAUGAACGCCGAGUUUUCCCUCGUGAAAUUAGAAUAUAAAUCAGCAUGGCAUACCCUUUGUUGUACUUACAGGACUUCGAUGGCAACAAGGACCAAAGUUCUGUUGAAAAACACGAGAUGCAGCCGUUUAGAGCUAUAGUGUUGAGGUUGUACCCGAGUGCAUGGCAUCAGUGCAUCGCCUUACGAAUGGAACUCUAUGGAAAAAGACUGCGGUCUAAAUAG